GAAUUUAAAGAAUAUAAACCAACUACUCCUCGUAACGAACCUGAGAAAUAUGAACAAACCCUUUUUUGUCAUGAAUCUGAAGAUUUUGAAUCAAUCUCCCUUCCUUUGAAUGAAUCUGAAGCUAGUAAAGUAUCUCUAAUAUGUGCUAGUAAAAGUAAUAUUGUACAUACCAG